UACAAUAAUAAAUCAUUUUUAAACCUAAAAUAGUAAAAACAAACACGAAUUUCAAUUCCUAACAAUAUUAAAAUGAAAUCAAUACAGCAGAUAAUAUUGAACCAGGCCUUUGCCAAUAGCUCAUAUGAUAUCCCAAUCAUAUUUUAUCAACCUUUAAUUUAAUAGGGACCCUCCUCGGCUGGUGAGUUUUAUUAGAUUUUCAAGAGGCACCACUGGCUUGCACUUUAAACGUUUGCCGAAAUGACCCACAGAAAAAAUUAGGACAUUUUACCUAUUUUUACGAAGAUGUUUGGUAGGAGUUCUGUUUUAGCCAAAGGGUCUUCGUUGAGAUACUUUUCUUCAUCGUCGUCAUCAGGUGUACUUAAAAUUGGAGAUGUUUUAAGGCAAACAAGAACAUUCUCAAAUGACGAUGUUGGCCAGUAUUCUAAACUGAGUCAUGAUGUAAAUCCUUUGCACUUUGAUUCUGAGUCUGCUCGAGCUGCUGGGUUUGAAGAUCGGCUUGUCCAUGGCUUGCUUGUUGCAUCACUGUUUCCUUGGAUUAUUUCCUCCCACUUUCCUGGAGCUAUAUAUGUUUCCCAAAGCUUGCACUUCAGGUCUCCUGUUUACGUUGGAGAUGAAAUUGUGGGUGAGGUAAAAGCUAUCAGCAUUAAACAAAGCAAGAAGAGAUACAUAGCAAAACUAUCAACAAAGUGCUUAAAGAAUGGCGAGCUUCUUGUUCUUGAUGGUGAGGCCAUGGCAAUUCUACCAACUCUAGCUCUGGAACAUGAUAGUAGAAGAAGCUGAUAUAAAGUUGAACUUGUGGAGAUUAUGGACAACCGUAGAAGUUGUAGUGCUAAAAGCGGUGGGAUUGGAUUUAAGACGUUCACAACAGAGGAAGAUGUGUUGGAUACCUUCAAGUUCGCAUUUUUCUUACUCGCCAAGCUCUUUAUUUGCUUUUGCUCAAUCUUUUCCCGCCGGUUCCCUGAGCUAAGCUUUUGCCGCUUCUUUUCAAGAUCCACCUAGGAUUUACUUAUCUUAUUCUAUUGACCCUCUGUAAUUAGUUACAUAUAUAUUUUUUAACAAUCUGAUUAUAACUUCUUGAUGAUAUUCGUUCUUUUUAAUACAAUAUUUAAAAGAAUUCAAAGCU